AUGAAUUGUGGGCUUUUAUUUGUAAUAUUUAGUUACAUUAUACUUUUGGAUAGUGGUGCAAGUUGUGAUAAACAGCCCAUUGAUCGAAUAGUGGGGGGUGCAAAUGUGAGCAUCGAAGACUAUGGAUGGCAAGUGUCCGUCCAGUUAUUAAAUCUUCAUUAUUGUGGAGAAACAAUUAUUGCAAAGCAAUGGGUUCUUACAGCUGCACAUUGCUUCAUUAGCUUAAUGCCUAUAAGACUAUAUUCAGUUAGAGCUGGAAGUGAUACCAUCAACGAAGGCGGAAUCGUGAAGCAAGUAGAAAAAGGAAUAAAUCACCCAAAAUUCAAUGAUACCAAUUAUGAUAAUGACGUAUCCCUGCUUUAUUUGGAAACUCCAUUGCAUUUAAACGGUAUCACUAUCCGUACAAUCAGUUUAAUAGAGCCAGGAGUUAUAGUGCCGCAAGGUGAAAUUGUCAGAAUAACUGGAUGGGGUUACACAAAGGAUCAAGCUCAAACCAAUUCUAAAUUUCUCAAAGGAGUCUCUAUUCCUAUACUUGACCCAACAGAAUGCAAAAGCAGAUACGGAAGGAUGUUCACAAACAACAUGCUGUGUGCCGGUUAUCUCGAGGGAGAAAAAGAUGCCUGUCAAGGUGAUGACGGGGGUCCUCUAAUAACAAAAAAUAGAAUUGUGAUAGGAAUCACUUCCUGGGCAUCUGGAUGCGGAAGAAAAGAUAGUCCAGAUAAUGAUGCUGCCGUUGUUCGUCUUUCAUCACCUUUGAGUGUAAAUAGUGGAUCAAUCCGGCCCAUAAAACUAGUCAAUUCUGGUGUAGAAUUAAGAGGAGGCACCAAGGUUACAGUUUCUGGAUGGGGUAGACUCACGGAAUCACCAUCAGAGCUUUCUCCUACACUCCAGGGAGCAACAAUAACUGUUAUUGACAAUCCAACGUGCCAAAGAUAUUAUGUCGCAGAUUACGUCAUCACAGACAAUAUGAUGUGUGCAGGAUUCAUUGAAGGAGGAAAAGGUCCAUGCCAAGGAGACACCGGUGGUCCAUUAGUCGAAGGCAACAAAACCUUAGUAGGAAUUAUAUCAUGGGCAUUAGGUUGCGCAAGACCAGCAAGUCCAGGUGUUUACACACGUUUAGCUUCUACCAGCGUCAGAAAUUUUAUUCGAAGUGUGACCGGCCUCUGA